CAAUCGGGUGUCCGGAGAGCUGGCCGUCGCCGAUCCCUUGACCCGGCGCUGGGCCUCUCUCCCCGCGCCCCCGGCUGAGCGCCCCGUGGGCUACGGCCUCGUCACCGACGACGGCUGCUCGUCGGUGUUCCAGGCGUUCUGCCUUUCAGAAGACGGCGGGGGCUCCUCCGGGCUCCGCGCCCUGGUCCUCUCCUCCAGCGAGCUCCGAUGGGCCGACGCCGCUGUCCUCGCGGGCCAGUACAAUCUCGAGGACUCCCGGGUGAUGCAAGCCAACGGGUCGCUGUACUGGAAGCUCAAGGGCGGGGAGCGCAUGGUUGCGCUCAACACGGCGACGAUGGCGUUCUCCUUGCUGGAGCUCCCGGAUUUCGCGCGGCAGUUCAGCUUCGAUGUCAUUGAGAAGGGGGACGACAAUGCUGGCGGGCUCUACCUGCUCACCAUGCUCGGAUGCUGCAUCGAGGUAUGGGGCGGCUGGGAUGAUGGCAGCGGUGUGCUAACAUGGACACUGGUGGACAAGUCGGUGAGGUUCCAAAGGGCCAUGGCGGAGAUGAUUGGUUCACCACAGUUUUACCGGCAUGGGCUGGUUGUCAUUGCGGUGGUUGCCGGUGUGGUCUUCUUGCGCAAUAAGGAUCGCCUGCUCUCCAUUGAUUUGGAAACUAUGAAGCUGAGGAUGUUGGUUCGGAAAGACGAGUGCCCAUCGGCCCUGAUGUAUCCUUACACGAUGGCGUGGCCGCCUUCAUGCUUGAACCCUACUGAACAAGAAAUGUGAGGCUCACUACAUCUUAUGAUGAUAAUAAGGUUUUGUGCAGAGGUAACGAAGAGGAAGGAGUUCAAUCAUCCAUACGAUGGUUGCGGCGCAACCAGUUGUGCCUAAAUGUCUGAACCUCGUACGAUGUAAUUAGUUACUUUUAUGUUCUUGGUGUGUGUUUGUGUGGUCACUCUAUAAUCCGACUUCGUAAUCUGGGGAAUGCAGUAUGUAGCACGCUUCCUUCCUGACUGUUGUAUUGUACCAGUUCAUCUGUCUCCUCAAAUUUGUGUGAUACAAUCCUAGUCGAGGUUGGAGUGUGUCUCCUUCGAUACAGAUGCAUGGAUUAUAUCUCAGUGUAAUAAAUGGGCUUACAGAAUCAUGCACAUGUAAUAAACUGAAGACUGAAGAGUAUCAGUUUGUGUC